UAUUCUAUACCCUCACUGCUCACAGUGGAGGAAACACUGGUGUGAAUCUGAUAAAGCUGCCAGCUGUAACUUUGUUGUCACACAACUGAAUUGCCAAAGAAGACAGCAAGAAAGGUUGCCUUGGACAAAUCAGAGAAAAUCGUGUUCAGCAUUGGAGAAGUGAUCAUUUCCCUCAGUAAGUGACGAUAAGAAUGAAUGGCCAUAUAUCAAAUACCCCUCCUGGUGGUUAUGGAAGUUAUUCUCCUCAAAUCAAUGGCUAUGGCUCACCAACAUUUGCUCAGGCAGAGAGGGAGCAGAAUUCCAGAACAAGUGCAAAAGCUCUUUAUGAACAAAGAAAGAACUAUGCACGGGACAGUGCCAGCAGCAUAUCGGAAACUUCCCAGUAUCACGUAGAGCACUUGACCACCUUUGUUCUGGACCGAAAAGAAGCAAUGAUUACAGUAGAUGAUGGAAUAAGGAAGCUGAAAUUAUUGGAUGCUAAAGGCAAAGUGUGGACUCAAGAUAUGAUUCUUCAAGUGGAUGACAAAGCUGUCAGUUUGGUGGACUUGGAAUCAAAGAAUGAGCUGGAGAAUUUUCCUUUAAGCACAAUUCAGCAUUGCCAAGCUGUGAUGAAUGCAUGCAAUUACAAUUCAAUUCUUGCAUUAGUAUGUAAAGAACCAACUCAGAACAAGCCAGAUUUGCAUCUUUUCCAAUGUGAUGAGAUUAAGGCUAGCUUUAUUUAUGAAGAUAUAGAAAGUGCAAUCAGUGACAGCAAGAGUGGAAAACAAAAGAAGAGACUUGAAACACUGAGGAUGAUCUCCAGUGCUGAUGGUGCUAUCCCUCCCCCACCACGGGCUCCUGCCCCUGUUCCCCCAGGGACCAUCACCCAGGUGGAUGUGAGAAGCCGUGUGGCAGCGUGGUCCGCGUGGGCUGCGGAGCAAGGGGACUAUGAAAAACAAAGACAAUACCCUGACCAUGAGGAAACGGCAGAAAUGAUAGCAGCCAGGAUUGACAGAGAUGUUCAAAUUCUGAACCAUAUUUUGGAUGACAUUGAAUAUUUUGUUACCAAACUUCAAAAAGCUGCUGAAGCAUUUGCUGAACUUUCAAAGAGGAAGAAAACUAAGAAAAGUAAAAAGAAAGGACCCGGAGAGGGAGUUCUUACUCUCCGUUCAAAACCACCACCUCCAGAUGAGUUUGUUGACUGCUUCCAAAAGUUCAAGCAUGGCUUCAAUCUUCUGGCCAAAUUAAAGUUCCAUAUCCAGAAUCCUAGUGCAGCUGAACUGGUUCAUUUUCUCUUUACCCCACUACAUAUGGUGGUGCAGACAACAGGAGGUCCAGAGCUUGCCAGUACAGUACUAAGUCCCCUCCUAACAAAAGAUACCAUAGACUUCCUACAGUAUACCGUCACCAGCGAGGAAGGGCAGUUAUGGAUGUCAUUGGGUGACACAUGGACCAAAGCCAGAGCUGACUGGCCCAAAGACCAGUUCAUUCCACCUUAUGUUCCCCGUUUCCGAAAUGGUUGGGAACCUCCUUUGCUCAACUUCAUGGGAGCUCCAAAUGAGCAAGAACUCAAUAAUUUGGCUGAGUCUGUGGCAAACUUUGCGGAGCAACAGCGGAAGCAAGAAAUGAAAAGAUUAUCAAAUGAGCCUCCCAGUGUUCCUGACUACCCUCCGGCCGAUGGAAACUAUGAAGCACACAAUAAAACACAGUCCAAGAAAUAUGCCAAAUGCAAGUAUGAAUUUAUGGCAAGAAACAACAGUGAGCUUUCUGUCCUGAAAGAAGAGGUUGUAGAGAUUCUGGAUGAUAGGAAGCAGUGGUGGAAGGUCCGAAAUAAAAGCGGCAACACAGGCUUUGUGCCAAACAACAUUCUGGACCCUCUGAGGAAUUAUGAAGGUGGUCUGGGAUUGCCAGAACCUGUGUACACCCGCACCAUCCAGAAACAGAGGACAGACUACGUCGCUAAACAGCCUGACCCGGUUCCUGUUACUCCUUCACCGCCUCCGAUACCUGCUCCGGUUCCUGCAGCUGUCCCCCUGCCUCCAAGCACCCCUGCACCCAUCCCAGUUCCCGUGCCCAAGGCGCCAGCAACUGUCAGCCGCCAAAGCAGCACCUCUAGUGACAGCGGUGGUAGUGUUGCGCGAGACAGCCAGAAGCACAAACAAGUUCCUGUGGACCGCAGGAAAUCUCAGAUGGAAGAGGUGCAGGAUGAACUCGUUCACCGGCUCACCAUUGGCCGCAGCAAUGCCCAGAGGAAGUUCCAUGUGCCACGGCCAAACAUCCCAGUAGUGAACAUCACAUACGACUCCUCGCCUGAGGAUGUGAAAGCAUGGCUGCAGUCCAAAGGAUUCAACCCUGUGACUGUGAACAGCCUUGGUGUGCUGACUGGAGCUCAGCUUUUCUCCCUCAAUAAAGAGGAACUGAGGACUGUUUGCCCAGAAGGGUCUAGAGUCUACAGCCAAAUUACGGUACAGAAGUCUGCUUUGGAGGCUAACAGUGGCAGUUCAGAACUGCAAGAAAUUAUGAGAAGACGACAAGAAAAAAUCAGUGCAGCUGCAUCAGAUUCAGGUGUGGAGUCUUUUGAUGAAGGAAGCAGCCACUAAAAGUCUUUCCUCUUUUCUUUAGUUCCACUGACCAUAGCAUUAUACAGUCCAGCUUUGCUUUAGUGAAGGGGAAUGUCUUAUUACUCUGUAAAAAUACAUAACUAGCCAACAUAAAGAAAACUUACAGUAGUAUCUGCAGAAGUACUUGCUGCUGGCUUCCUAUCAUUAAAAAUGAAAAUGAGAAAUCCAGUGUAAGUUACUGACAGGUGAAACUAUUGGCACUAGAGUCACUUAUACCCAAGACAAGCCUUGGCUUUAUGGAAUUAACAUUUCAGUGACAGGUAAACUGGAAUGUAUUUUUAUUUUUGAUCCAUCCUAGGAGACUUGAGCCAGCAAUAAAAAGCAUUUGAACUCUUUAGUAAUAAUAUAGUUCUGAAUUCCAUCGCCAGCUGUAGUUUGCAACUAUGUCUUUCUUACAGUGCAUUCAGCUGCAGGAUGUUUAGUUGAUGUCAGCAAUUAAAGAGGUAAUGUUUAGGGUAUGAACAGCAGCCCAGCAUAGACUGAAUCUUUCUUGCAUUGCUCCCAAGGUAUUUUAUUACUAAUGACGCUGUUUAUACCAAAAUAAUACUCUGUACUUUGAUUUUAUCAAUACUUCACUUGUGAUGAACAAUAAUAUUGCACAAGAAGGAAUUAAUAGAAAGUAGUAACACAACUCAGCUGAAAGAGGGGAUCAGAUCUGCUGUAGGUAGCCAUGAAACAAUUCUCAUUAUUUUUUUUAAUACACUUGCCUUUUUUGUUUGUAACUUAACCUGUCGGAGGAACAGUGUAUAAUCUAGACUUUGCUUGUUGAUCCCAGACGUCAGUUUUUCCAUAUGUAAAAAGCUGUUGUUCCUUUAUGAAUGUAAUCUUUUGGAAAAUUGGAUUCCUGGAGUCAAAAGGGAGAGAAAAGGAAGCGACCCUUCCAGUAAAUAUUAUUUUUGAAGAUGCGAUGAUUUUUGUCACAAAAAUGUUCUGUUACUUCAAAUGGUGUUGUGAUUUUAUAUAUAAUAUAUGUAUUAUAUAUAAUAUAUAAUAUCACUUAAUUUAGAAAAAUUUAAUCAUCUAGUUUGAUUAAGUUUCAUAGUGCCUUUUCCACAUGAAUCAGCUUAAAGUCUGCAAUAAACAGUAUUUCUUGUCUGUUAAAUAGUUGUAUCUUUGUGGCUACAAAGAUGGUAUUGAAAUAAGAAAGUGUUCUUGAUUUUUGCCAUUAGUUUGCUUUUCCUCUGUGUACAAGGAGAAAAAAAAAAAAAAAAAAGAAUCCUGUUCAUUUUUUUUCAUAAAAGAAAUUAAAAUCUUAAUAAAGGUGUUUAGUGCCAUUUAUUGUAAAUGUCCUUACAAA